GCCCGCGGCCCGGGCCUGCUGCUGCUGCUGUCGUGGCUCAGUGGAACGCGGGCUAAGGACACUCUGACAGACACGUGCAUGCCUCCAGAUAGGCUGCAAAAUGCAGAGCUCAAGGAAAGUUUCAGCACAAUGAAGAGCUUUCCUGUUGGAACCACGGUGUCGUACGUCUGCCGGCCAGGGUAUAUAGGAAUCCCCGGAAAAUCAUUAACUCGUACGUGUGGUGAAGACUUACAGUGGUCACCCACAGAGCAGUUCUGCACAGAGAGAAAAUGUAACCAUCCGGGACAAUUAGAACAUGGUUUCAUUAAUGUGACAGAUCUUACGUUUGGUUCAACAGCUACUUUUUCUUGUGAAGGAGGAUUCAGAUUACGUGGAACUGAUGAAAUUUCCUGUGUAAUUAAGAAUAAAGGUGUUGACUGGAAUAGAGAUCUUCCUUUCUGUGAAAGAAUUCCUUGUGCACCACCUCCAAGCAUAGCCAACGGGCGCUACACUGAAGCUGCAAACUAUGUUUAUCAAACACCAGUAACCUAUACGUGUGAUGAUGUACCAAAAGGCGCUGAUCCCUUCUCAUUGAUUGGCCCAGCUACUAUUUUCUGCACGUAUGAUGCACACUCAAAUGGAGUUUGGAGUGAACCACCUCCGCAAUGUAGAGUGAUCAAAUGUGAUAACCCGAAAGUUGAAAAUGGAAAAAAAAAAACUGGAUUUGGACCUUCCUAUAAGUAUAAGGACUCAGUCAUGUUUGAGUGUGAUCCAGGCUAUUUCAUGAUUGGAUCGGAGGUAAUAACCUGUGGAGAAAAUAACACCUGGUCUCCUCCAAAACCAACUUGUGAAAGUGUGCUUGAAAGUUCUGGUUUCACUCCAAACAUAAAUUAUGGUAGAGUAAUUGAUGGACAAAAACCUUCAUAUUCUGUUGGGGAUUUUAUUACGAUUGAAUGCUAUGCAGGCUACACGUUACAUGGUGAAGCUCGUAUUCAGUAUAUUGGAGAAAACCAAUGGAUUCCUGGAGUGCCAACUUGCCAGUUAAGUGCGUAUAUUACGGCCAUCAUCUGUGCGAUUGUGGCACUUGUGGUGUUCCUGGCAGCCUUCUGGGUCUAUAAGAAAUUCUUCUCACAAAAUGGGAAACGUGACAGCACUCCAUGUACUGCCGAAUAUAAGAUCUGUAAAGCAUGAAUGACCUUAUUUGGGGGUGGGAGGGAAUCUGCAGUUGAAUAUACCUAUCAGAAAUGGAAAAUGAUUGCACUUGCAUUGAGUUUCUGUAGAUGAAUAUCUUGUACUAUGUCUUAUACUACUGAUUAACUAUAGUAGGAGUUCAUUAAUAGGGCAAAAAGAAUAUAUAUAUAUAUCUCUCUGCUUUUCCUUAUGGGCCCCUCUUACUGUCUUUUCUGUGUAUGUGAAGUAGUCUUAAAGGCAGAUACAUGUAGCAUGCAAGAUUGUCUGUGUCGGCGGGAGUACUGGAUGUAUCACUGUCGUAGUACCAGCUGCUGCUGCCUGCUGCCUUCAGUGCUACCUCUUUUCUUACAGAAGACUAUCCAAUAUUAGUUCUGCUUACUAAAAUCUGAAUGUGCUUCUCGUUCAUUUUUGCGGUUGAGGCGGUAUAAAUGCUUAUGUUGUCUCUUGUAUUCUGAAAUGUUUUAUUAUUAAUUUCCUUAAGAGAUUGGUGCCAUUUAAGGCUAUGUCUUUUUGAAACUAUCACAGUUUAGAUCUUAUACACAUCUUUGUUUGCCAAAGUUGGUGUCUGUAUAUCUGACUAAUUAAAAUGUGCCUUUAAAUUGGAGUUUUAUAGCUUUUUCCAUUCCCUUUAAGAAGGAAAAAAAGCCAUACGUGUUUCUGGCUCUUUGAUACAGUCCCAGAAAGACUACAGUGGAUUUGUUGGAAUGGGAAACUAAAGGUUUCUACAUCAAAGGUAUCCCCUGUCUUUGAAUUUGUUGGCCUAUUGACAGAAGGUACCUAAUUAAAGGAACUGCUGAGAGAUCAGUGGUGGCCAUCUCCUAUCAGGAGCACAGAAUAAGUUUCUCAGGAUGCUUGAUUUUUCUUGAGCCUUGAUUCAGAGAUAAUGUUAUUGCUUCUCAGGAUAGUAAAGGGUGCUGUAUGGAUCUAGCUUCCUCGCUUUUUUUACUUGAAAUCCUAUAUUCCACAUAGAGCAUUUCAAAUCUCUGUAUACAGACUACGAUGCUAAAUCUAGCUCUGCAAUGCUAGAUUAAGCAUCAGAUAUCUUUUGAGAAACGGAAGCCUUUCCGUGUCUGACUCCCUUCUCUUUUCACGUUGAAGACCAAACCAGCUUGGUUGCGGGAGUGAAGGAACGGAUAUGCUGGCAGUAGCGGUAGAUGUGGUCUCUCCUUAGAUAGCUGCUUGCUUCAUGAAGUGUUUUAGUCAAGAACUGUGACUCUAGGAGCUCCCAUCACAGCAUUUGCCACGAAUUGAGACUCGGAUGUGCCUUGAUAGCUGUUACUUUAAAUGCAUACUUGCUACUUUGAAUUCCUUCCUAAAACCAAAAGCUUAAUUAGGACAGGUUUUGGCUUUGUGAAUCUCUGAGUUUGCUAUCAACAUACAGGCAGCUUCUAAGAACCAGUUUUCCCAGAAAAACCAAAUUGCCUCAUUUCAGAUGGCUGAGGCAGCAUUUAAACUACUCUUGCUUGUCUGUGGUAGAUUGGCACUGCUCUCCACUGUCGUGAACAGAUUGCUUGAAUAACAUGAACUAUUUAGGGCUUUAUAGGGCUUUUUGGGACAAUCCCAGCAGUUGUAUUGUCAGGGUUCAUAAUAGUCUGUGGUUUUUAAAAAGGGGUUUUGGCUACACAGAAUGACUUGCUGUUCAUUGCUUCGCUGAUACCUAGUUUGAUAAUUGUUUGUAAACACUAUGAUAUUAUACUGGGAAUUGAGUGUGCUGGUUACUGGCUAGCUUGAUUAUUUACAGCAUCUUCAAUGUUUUAAAAUAUGCUGAAAUGCACUUAAUGCUAAAGUGAAAUAACUGUAAAAAUGGCCUUAUUUUUACACUUUUUUCCAGAUGUACAGACUAGUGAUGACUUGUAAUAUUACAAAUAAAAAUGUUACAUUAU